AUGUCUGAAAUCGAACGAAGCUUGCACGUUAUGAGCCUGCAUACGACACCUGGUGAUGUCUGGCUGCCACAGGAGCUAUGGGAGAGAGUGGUUGGGCAUCUACCUAUCGACGGGAGGCGUACAUGUUUGUUCGUCUCGAGGGCCUUCCACGAUCAUGCCGUGCGCUGUCUCUUCUCCACCGUUCACAUCUUUUUCGGUGCUUGGGAAGAUUACAACGUCUCAAAUGACGCGGAAGAAGUCGGGGACACUCGGUCUAUCAUGAGCUUCGAGAUCCUACGGCGCAUUGCACUCGAUGGAUCAUUUGCCGUUGUCAUCAAGAAGGUCGUGGUGCAUGCCUUCACAAUGGGCAGAGGCGUGUUUGAACGUCUGAACUUGAUUGAGGCCCUACGACGUCUUCACAAUCUUACGUCCUUUACUUGGCUUGGCUUGUGUCCACGGCUUUCAUCGGAUGUUGUAGAUACCCUCGCAACAUCUUGUCCUUGGUUGGAGCAGGUUUCAAUACCUAUCCCUAUGCGCGCCUCACUUCCUCUGCACAGGUUAAUCCGCCUUACUUCCAUUAUUCUUUCGACGUGGUGCGAAGAAGAAGACGAACAUUACCUCGACGACGACGUCGAGGAGAUUCGCAGAGUGAUCGAGACCAACUGCGGGGCAUUGAAGGAGAUGGAGAUCAACGGCCGCGUAUUCCACGCCGCGCCCGUGAAAAACCUUUCGCAUCUCACUCAUCUGGAGCUUUACGACGCAGUCGCUGAGAAUCUGGAGCCACUCCUCCAGCACUGUCCCCAGUUACAGUCCCUUAUGCUUUUCCCUAGACCUAACUGCAUAAGUCACUUUAUCACCAUGCUAGCAUCGAAUAAGUCCUCGUUUCCAUGUCUCACGUCUUUCAAGUUGGUCCAAGACGACGGAGACACCUGGAUGCCCGCUGCCUGUGAUAUUUCAAGCCUAAUUGAAUUCUUGCAAGCCAAGCCGAAAAUGCGCCGAUUCGACUGUAAGCUCUAUUCGACUCGGGAAAUCCUGGUUCCCCUGCUCAGAGCACUGCCAACGAUGAAAGCGCUGCGAAUACUUGGACUCAGUCUUCACUUUCCGGAGAUUACACAGGACGACGUGCAGACGUUCGAUCCUCGGUUUUGCGCCACCCUCACUGCCUUGCGACUGCGCUUGGGAUCAGAAACCACUACGGUAAACAAGGAGUCUGUCCUCAGUCUUUGGGCGCUGUUUACUCAGUUACAGUUCACAUCUCUUAUCUUCGCUUGUGCUACUGAGCUCACGGUGCAGGAGUUGGUGCAGAGCGGCAGCGGCCGCCUCAAGUUGAUAAACUAUAAUGGUAAAAUGCACCCCAUAGAAAGAUCGGAUAAUGAUGUGGAGGUAUUGGGGCCCUGGUCAGAACGGAAGUCUGCCUUCCGUUCCGUAGAUGAUUUAGGAGAGGAUGACUGGGAUUGGGUGAUUAGACACUAUUCUGCGUAA